CUCAGGAGUGUGAUUUGGGGGUCUGACUGUACUUAUCAGUAUGUUGCUACAUUACAUUGCAGGGUACAGAAAGAUGAAGAUGGGACACAGCAAUCAAGCAGCACAAAUGAGUGAACAGUUAGAAGAAGUUCACAGUUAAAUCUGUCCCCCAAAUCCCAGCUGACUAAAUUCACAUAUUAAGUCCCUGCUAUGUGCUGGGAUGGGGCUAGGUCUGGGAAAUGCACUGGUGAACACAGCAGUCCCUGCUGUAUUGGGACUUACAGGGUGGGGACAGACAACUAAUGAACACUUUAUCUGAAGAUGCUAUUACAGGUAUCGUGACAAAUGUUUUUUAUCUGGGACACACAAAAAACCCUAAAAAGACUGACCACCCCAUAGUAUGGAGGCAAAAAUAAUUGAACAGACCCUCCACAAAAGAGGAUAAUCCUGUGCUCAAUAAGGAAAACUGCUCAACUUUAUUAGUCAUGGAAAUACAACCGCAAUGAGACACCACUACAUACCCAGCAGGCGACUAGUAACGAAAAGACAGGCGACACCAGGGUGUGGUGAGGAUGUAGGGCAACUGCUGAUGAGAGUGUAAAUGGGAACAAACACUGGCAAACUGCUGGGCAGCAUCUACAGAACCUAAACACUGGUUACCCUCUGACCCAGCAAUGUGACUCUUAGAGUUAGUGCACAUGUUCACCAAAAGACAUGUGCAAGAAUAGUCAUAGGAGCUGUAUUCCUAAAAGUUCACACCCAGAAAUAACCCAAUGGACAUAGAUAAAUGGAUAAAGGAAUGGAUAAGUUGUGGCACAUUCAGCAACAAGAAUGAGUGAGCUAUUGCCACAUGCAACAAUGUGGAUGAAUUUCACAGAAUGUUGAACAAAAGAGUCAUAUGGUUCCAUUUAUUUGAAGUUCAAGUGUAGACAAAACGAAUCUAUGGUGAUAGAAGGUAGAAUGGCAUUUUGGGGUUACUGACUGGUGAUGGGGAGGGGUAGUGUUUACAUAGGUGUAUCUAUCUGUAUAAAAGUUUAUCAGUUGUAAACAUAACAUUUGUCUACUUCACAGUAUGUUAGUCCUCACAAAAACUGAGAAAAACAAAACCAAAGCCAAGAGAGUUUCAUGUAAAUAUAAGUAUUAAGAAAUUAAUGUGAUGAGUGGAUGGGGGGCUAACUGAUCAGGACUGAGACCCGAGUGAUGAUGAAAAGGGAACCACCUGAGGGGCUGCUCUCUGGGAGAGGGGAGGCAGGCUCAAGCUUGAGCAGGUGGGGGAGAGGAGCAGGGCCAAGGCAAGCCCUUAGGUUGACUUUUUGUUCUAAGAGCAGUGGGAAACCAUGAAGGGUGUGAGGUAGGAGGGUGGUGGCAGUAUUUUCUGAGCUAUUGUGGGGUGCGGGGGAAGACAAGGGUAGUAAGAUAAAAAGAGAGGGACUUUUGAUGACUUUUCAUUGUGUGGCUAGGAUAUCUGAAAGGUGGGGGCUGCUCCCUGCUGAGCAGGGCUGGGAAGGCAGGGCAGCGAAGGCGUGUGUCGGACAUGUUAAGUUAGAGAUGCUUAUUAGACACCCGGGAAGCUGUCAGCAAGGCAGUGGGCCAUGGGGCCAGACCUGGCCCCAACACAUUAUGAGCAUAUAGGUGGCAUUUCAAGUCUUAGGCACCUGGGAGAGCAGAGAGCAAGACAAGGGCAUUUAAUGACAUGGGCUUUUCUGGAAGGAGAUGAGCACAGCCAGAGGGUUUGGAUUGAAACUGCCUAAAAGUGCUGUGCUUCCUUAACCAGCCCGCUCCUGGCCAGGCAUCCAGGGCCCGAAAGUGAGCAGAACCUGCUGCUCAGUGCGGACAGCCCAGGGCGAGUCUCCUCGCCCGGCCCUGGGCACUGGGCAUAGAUUCCUGGGCCCAAAUACAACCCACUGAAACAGAGUGCCCAAGGUGUCUGCAUUUUCCAGUUCCCUGGGUGAGUCUUUGCACAUGGAGGUGAGAGAGAGAGAGAGAGAGAGAGAGAGAGAGAGAGAAAGGGUGCAAUUUCCUCUUUCCUCUCCGAGGGUGGGGCUGCUCCAGAAUUCAGGAAAGCAGUCUGUUCUGUUAGCUCUGCUGUGUGUGUGUGUGUGUGUGUGUGUGUGUGUGUGUGUGUGUGUAUGCGUGUGUGUGUUGGCAUGCAUGGGGGGCGGGCACGGUGUCCCAGGAGGACAGAGUUUGCAUUGAUGAAAACCCUUCCCAGCCCUUUGAUACCUCUUUCCCGCCGCCCUGAAGUUAACCAGCUCAGUCCUCGGUGCAUCCCGCUCGCUGGCCACACUCACUCGGCCCAGGAUGGCAUUCUGUCUGACCCUGCGCAUGGCGCUACUGCUCCUCUUCGGGGUCCUAGCCCCUGCGGUGCUCACAGCGGAGGACCCGCAGGAGCCCGUGCCCACCCUGUGGAACGAGCCGGCCGACCUGCCCUCGGGAGAAGGCCCCGUGGAGAGCACCAGCCCUGCCCGGGAGCCCGCAGCCACCGGCGCCCCGGCCCCCACCGCCCCACCCAGCCCCGAGGACAGCACCGCGCGGGAGCGACUGGACCCCGGCAGCGGCUCGCUGGGGCCCGGCGCCAUCGCGGCCAUCGUCAUCGCCGCCCUGCUGGCCACCUGCGUGGUGCUGGCGCUCGUGGUGGUCGCGCUGAGAAAGUUUUCCGCCUCCUGAAGCGAAUAAAGGGGCCGCGAUCCGCCGGGCGCGCCCGUGUCUUC